UCCCAAUAAUCAACUCAGACAAACAUAAUUGGAGCAGUGGUUUUUUGCCAGUUUCCAACAUUGCAAUCUCAAUCACAACAUCUCUUUGGGAACUCCAUCAUUUGAUUAUUUUCAUCAUUUGCAAUUUGCUCUGCCUCCCUUUUAUACCAUUGGCUGUUUUCUCCAUCAUUGCUCCCAAACCAUAUAUACCUCAACCUCGGACCGGACCCAAUCAGAUUUUGAACUUCGAUUCAAGAUUCUUCAAGAAGCAAUGGAGGCUUGACAGAUACUGUACGUAGAGUGGAUUGCGGCUCAUCUGCUGCAAAGAUUGCGAUUAGAAUGGGUACGCCUAUGCGGAGGUCCACAGUUCCAAAUUCCAUGUGGUUGCAGCAGUUGGCAUGUAAGAAGAACAAAUGAAACAAUGAGGUUAAUUAUAACGACUUUCGUGGGGAUUAUAUUUGGCUUCCUUUUAGGUGUAUCUUUCCCCAAACUUUCAUUGUCAAAGGUUAAUGUAUCAUCAAACAUAUUUUCUUCCAUUGAUCUUACUUAUGUUGAAGACAAGCACUCGGGUCUCUCGACCCAAGCUCUGUUAAAUAUAUGGUCUCAUCUGAGAGGUCGAAGAGCACGCAAGUCUAAUGAUACUGAGAUCUGGGUCCCAACCAAUCCUCGAGGUGCUGAGAGACUACCACCUGGAAUUAUUGUACCGGAGACUGACUUUUACACUCGCAGAUUGUGGGGUCUUCCUGGUGAGGACUUAAUUAUUAAACCAAGAUACCUUUUCACCUUUACUGUCGGCUACGAGCAGAAAAACAACAUUGAUGCUGCUGUAAAGAAGUUGACAGAAAACUUCACAAUUUUGUUGUUUCACUAUGAUGGCCGAACGAGUGAAUGGGAUGAAUUUGAGUGGUCAAAACGCGCUAUCCAUGUGAGUGUGCGGAAGCAGACUAAAUGGUGGUAUGCAAAGCGAUUUUUGCACCCAGACAUUGUGGCACCCUAUGAUUAUAUAUUUAUCUGGGAUGAAGAUCUUGGGGUUGAGAAUUUUGACCCAGAGGAAUAUAUAAAACUGGUGAAGAAACAUGGGUUAGAAAUUUCACAGCCUGGUUUAUCCCCUGAUAGUGGAAUGACAUGGCAGAUGACCAAGAGACGAGAGGACACUGAAGUCCACAAGGACACAGAGGAAAGACCUGGCUGGUGCACCGAUCCUCAUUUGCCGCCAUGUGCAGCAUUUGUUGAGAUCAUGGCCCCAGUGUUUUCUCGUGAUGCAUGGCGCUGUGUCUGGCAUAUGAUUCAGAAUGAUUUGGUCCAUGGAUGGGGUCUUGACUUUGCUCUUAGGAAAUGUGUGGAGCCUGCUCAUGAGAAAAUAGGAGUCGUCGAUUCGCAAUGGAUAGUACACCAAACUGUUCCUUCACUUGGGAAUCAGGGUGAGGCAGAGAAAGGCAAAGCACCAUGGGAAGGGGUACGGGAGAGGUGUAGAAACGAAUGGAGUAUGUUUCAGGAUCGCAUGACUGCAGCUGAGAAAGCCUACUUUCAGGCUAUGGGAAUUGAUCCUCCUAACUCCACAGCUCGUUAGGUGGAUCCUUAUUCCAAAAAUGUGUGCCUAAAAGGACCAUUCUGAUUUUGAUAGUAUACUGUAUGUAUCCGAUACCAGUGCGCCAUUUUGCUGUUACCGGAUCAAUUCCUACUUGACCUUAAAGUUGCUUUGGCGUGCAAGAUUCAAAAUCUUGGCCUUGUAUUUCUGCUUACUACAUGGAAUUGGAGCGAGCUAGAUUGUUUGAUUGCA